UCCUUUUAUAUGCUUAAACCAAGGUAGAAUUGAGUUUUAACAUUUGCUGAACAUUGUUGGAAUGUGAACAAAGUUUGGCUUAAUUUUAAUUUCUGUUUCUCAAUCUUCCUUUGUGAGUGAGAUAUUAUGUUGAACUGUUUUUUAGAACCAUAGAUUGUGAUUGUCAAUUUUAGUCCAUGGGUCAAGAACUGUCAAUUUAAGCUUAGAGGUGAAAUGUCAACAAUCACAAUGCAAGGGAUUUAUACUGUCAAGUAGUGAAGAAUUGCUUUAGCAGGGAUCACCCUUUACGUCAUUAAUGUAUCAAUCAAACCCAGGAAAAACAUGUAGAUACUUUUUGCUUGUUAAUAUUUUUUAAUCUUUUAGUUAGAACGAGGAAAACGUAUUGGAUGGUUCCUUUUGUUAAUAAAUUAUAUGCGGUGUUGGUUAUAGCUUGGUGUCUUAAUUUCAAAGCAUUAUGAUCAAGUAUUUAGAAAAAUAUUUGAUGUUGUCUAAAAUAGCGACAGUGAGCACUUCUCAUACAUUUUCUUCACUCUCAUAAGUCUCAGUUUGAAAAACUCACUUGACAUCCGUUCAGUUGUCACAUUAUAGACUGACUAAAAUUUACCAUAUUUAAUUGUAAAUCCCACUAUAUUCUUCUUGCUUUGAUCUUCAUCUUUGUUGUGACCAUUCUACUAUUUUUAAUACCUAAGUCCUGAGCUCCGUUUCUCUUUCCAUUUCUUUUUUUUUUCCUCUCUUUUUAUGGAGUGGAAAUUUUAGCUUGUUUCUUUAAGAAUGUGGUAUUUGCUCUUAGAAAGUUGGAUGGUUUCAGGUGAUUUCAUAUCUUAUUUUACCAACGGCCCUGAAUAUGCUGAUGGUGAAAAUGAUUAUGUUGAUAACAACAGCAAAUGAGGCAAUGAUGAUUCGGUGUAAAUUCUAGCUCAUUAGUUUAAGAUUGAGGUUUUGCUCUCAGAGAGGCGGAUGGUUUCAGGGUGGUUGACUCUGCCUCUCAAAUGGGUAGCGGAGCUGGUGAUUUCACAUCCUACGACAGCCCUUUAUAUGAUGAUGAUGAUGAUGAUGAUUACGUUGACAAUAACAUUAAUAAUAAUAGCAAUGAGGGUUUGAUAAUGCAUUUAGUGACCCAAAAAAGAGAAACACAUUAUUUCUUUAGGCAUGGCAGCCUUUGGCAAUCAGAGGAGUAAGGGUUUUCCCUCACUUCCUGCCAGCUCUUGGAUGCAGCCAUGGUGUUCCUAUCUUGUCUUAUACAAAGGCAUAUCUGAUCUGAGCCUCCUUUACUCUAAAUUUCUCUGUUUAAACUUUGUUUGAUUCGUGGAAAACAUUUUACCUCGUAUAUGUGGCCGGCAAAGGCUGUGAUUGCUAACGUCAAUACGUAAGUACCUAUCUGUAUCAAUGAUCUGUCUAUCUGUGUGAAUGUGCAAGUGUAUUUUUAGGCUGCAAUGAAGUCUGUUCCUUUGGGGCCUAAAAAUAAGACAUUUUAAAUAAAAGAAGUGUUUACAGAAUCUUUUUUUGUGGAUUUGCGGAUAGCAGCAAAGUGUGUUAAUUCUAUGUUUGGUCUGUUGUUUACUGAAAUUUUUCUUUACCGCUAGUCCUAGUGUGAGUCCUUCCAGAGCAUAUGUUUGCUAAUUCUUCAUUACAUCAGUCUGUCCGGUUGAUUUUUCUUUUUUCGAAACUGUACUGGUGAAUUUUUUUAUUAAAAUAAGUUGCUGUAUUCUUUUUUCAUGCCCUUUUCAGACUAAUAUUUUGCUCUACUAAGGUAUUUUUUUUCUUAUUUGAUUCCUCUAUUUAUUAACAUGGCUGGUUAAACUAGGUUGCUUUGAUUCCACUAGUUGAGCUUGAUGUGAAGUCGUAGCAAUGAAACGUUUAAAAUUCUGAAGGAAUUGCACAGCACUAUCAGUCAGCUUUUUUGUUGGAGAUAUAAAAUCAAAUGACCUUUUUCAUUUUCUCUAAUUUAUUAGUAACUUACAUAUCUUUUAUAUUGAAUAGACUGAUGGUUUGUUGAAAUGACAAAAAAGCAAUGAUUGUCCUUACCAGGAAUAUUAUUAAAUUUUAUUGUCAUUUUUCUCCAAUCAAGAGGCAUUGUUGAUUAAAAUGGAGAAAGUUCAACGACGAAAACAGAACAAAUGUUCCACCAGCAAUAGCUGGUGUGCAUAUUGUUGAUCAGAGCAAAGGUUCCAAUUUUUGUUCCCUGAUUAAAAUUUGCUUUUACAUUAAUAAAUCAGAGCGGGAUGUUGAAAACAAAUGAUCCAUAGUUAUUUCAAAUUGGUUCGACACUAAGGUUUAAUUUUAUUUCUUCUACAUAUAUGUGCUUGCUUUGAGUUGAAUGUUAAUUUUUUAAAUUUUAUUUAAAUUUCUAUUUUUUCCUUUACAUUUUUUGUAUUGUUUUUUCGUAGACUAUGUUUUAAAUAUAUUGGGAACAAGCUAAUGCAACAAAUAGAAAGACUGCUGUGAUUUUUAAAUAUCUAUGUGUUGCUCUUUUGGAUAGGCAAUGGGAUGUUGGGUUGGUUAAGAUUCCUCUAGAAAUGGCCUAGUCGUAUUCAUCUCUUGUACGUACUUAGGUUUUGUAUCCUCUCCUCAAUGUGUCACUAUCUCCGGCUGGCAUAGGCAGCAUUCAUUUACUAACGACAAAAAUAUUUUUCAUAAAUAAUUCUUUUUUAGAAGAGUUUAUAUAUAAACUUUUUUAAGCUCCUUCACUUAGCACUACUCGUACUGAAACCGACAAAAAUAGACCUAAGAGUAAAAUCACACGCAUGAGGAAAAUUAUUUCAAAAGAUAUUAAUGCGGACUCAGUCAGAAACAAAAUAAAAUAUUAAUUAAUUUUUUUUAAAAAAAUUAAUUAGAUUACAAAAAAUUAGCAUAUCUUAUCGAAUGCUAUAAGACUCAUAUUCUCUGAUUAUGAAAAUUUUAGCUAAUUUGAUAAAUUAUUGAAGGACUGUUUUGUAAUCCAUCCUGAUAAAAAAAAAAAAAAUCAAUAAUGUCUUUUUUAUAUCCAUGUGAAUACUCUUUCCAUGUUCUUAUUUUAUUAGAAUUAGAAUUAGAAUAAACAAAGUUAAAUCUCAAUCUUGGACAAAUAAUGUCGACAGCUAAACAAAAAUCGGAGAAUUCUUGUUGAACGCCACCCUUUCUCUCAUCUAUCAUCAUUUUUUGGGUACUGGACGACUCCUCCACCUCAGGAGUCAGGCCUUUUCAUGGCCAGUUUUUAGAUCUAACAGGAAAAUUCACUGUUAAGUAUUUAUAUUAUAUUAUAGUACAUAUUUUAUUCAUAACCUGUUACGAAUAAUAAGAAAGUUGGGGUUGGAUCAAUCUGUGUAAAAAUGGACAAGAAACGAUCUUGGGCUUGCACUCUGGCUGUGCAGGUUUUUCUUUGUAUUGCCACAUAUAUUUCUCUCAACUUGGGGGAACCCCACAAUUUCAUUUAUCAUAGCGGAGAUGGCAGUACCAGUAUCAGACCUGUUGAUGCUUAUUUUCUUAGUGUUAGAGGAGGCUAUAGGUCUAUUAAACGACAGACCCAUCUUCUCAAACUGAUGGAGAAUGUGGCAAAAGCUUACAAAGCAAAGUUCGUGGUGAACAUUAGUGAGCUUGGAGAGGAGGAUCCGCUCACACGGAAUGCAAGCGGACUCUUCUCAUCAAUGAAUAUUUCCUGGUAUACUACUAGAGCUUCAAAGGGUUCGAAAGUUGAUUGCUUCCUCAAGCAGAUCAAUGUAACUCAUGGAAAAAUGUUAACCGUUUCUGGUUUGGAUACUAAGUCUCUGCAGGAUUUGAUGCUGGCGGGAUCAACAAGCAGCUUUGGAAACAAUGAGUCAAAUUGGCUAACACAAACACUAGAGGCUGCCACCGAAAGCUGGUUAAUGGUUGUUGGAUAUGACCCAGUGGUUGUUUGUGAAGAGAAAGAAGAGCAAACUGAAGCACAACAACUUUACGAGCCUCUGCACCAUAUUUUCCUGAAAUAUGGAGUGAACGUGUACUUAAGCACACAGGGUUGUGUUAACCAUACCUUUCAAGGUGGUGUGGCUUACAUAGGCAUUGCUGAUCCUAAUAAGAGCAAGCCUUACGAGGCUUCUUUAAACGGAAGUUCAGCUUUUCAAGGGGAAAUGGAUGAUGGGUUUCUGCUUCAUAGAGUUGGUUCUCUAGAAAUUGCAACCUACUUCGUUACAUCAAGAGGGGAGGUGGUGUACAAAAAUUUAAUCCAACAAGGGGGUAAAGAGAUCAUGUAAAUUAAUUAUUGAAAGAACCCAUUCUAUGUUAAUGAUCAUAACUGCCGGUGAUGGGCAACCGGAAAAGGCCAUGACUUCGAACUAAACGGCGGCGAGUGACCGCAAUGGGACUGCAUGUGAACUGUAGGAGUUUUGCAGAAAGGGAAAUUGACAAUUUGGACUGAUUAAUUUUUUUAUUGUUUGGUUGGAUAUCCGGUUAAACUUAAAAUAAUCAGACUGGAGCUGAUCUAAUAAUUUAAGUUCAAA